AUGAGUCUCACAGCUAAAGAUAAAGCCAUUGUGAAGGACUUCUUUGGUAAAGUUGCUCCGAAGGCGGAGGACAUCGGAAACGAGGCUCUCUCCAGAAUGCUGGUCGUGUACCCCCAGACGAAGACCUACUUCUCUCACUGGAAGGACCUGAGUCCUGGCUCCGCCCCCGUAAAGAAACAUGGUCUGACAGUCGUGACAGCUGUCUUAGAUGCGAUUGAAAAAAUUGACGACCUCAAGGGUGGACUUCUCAAUCUUAGCGAACUGCACGCCUUCAUGCUCCGCGUAGACCCGGCCAACUUCAAGAUCCUGUCCCACAACCUCCUCGUGGUGCUGGCUAUGAUGUUCCCAGAUGACUUUACCCCACAGGUGCACGUGGGCGUUGACAAGUUCCUUGUCCAGGUGGCCCUGGCUUUGUCGGAGAAGUACCGCUAA